AUGAAGCUUGAUUUGAAAGCUAGUGUCUCACUGUCUUCCUUCCAUCACACUCUCUAUUUCUCACACAAACCAAAUCUAAAAAACAUCAAAAAUCACUAUUUUCACAAAUCCUCUCUAUUUCUCAUCUUUUCAAAAAUGUUGAAACUCUUUCUAUUUUUGUCUCUUCUUCAAAUCUGUGUCUCUGCUAGAAACCUAGCAUCAUCAACAGAAGAACCAAACCAGUUCAAACUACUUAAAUACCACAAAGGAGCUCUUCUCUCCGGCAAGAUCUCCGUUAACCUAAUCUGGUACGGUAACUUCAAACCUUCACAAAGAGCCAUCAUCUCCGACUUCAUCACCUCACUCACACACACUUCCCCGACGUCCAAAACUCUCCACCAACCAUCAGUCGCCACGUGGUGGAAAACCACAGAGAAGUACUACAAACUCGCCGGUUCUGCUAAAACCUCAGCGUCUCCUUCUCUCACUCUCUCUCUCGGGAAACAAAUCCUCGACGAGUCUUGCUCACUAGGUAAGUCUCUAACCGAUAAAGACAUACGUAAGCUAGCUUCAAAAGGUGACCAACGCGACGCAGUCAACGUAGUUUUGACUUCAGCUGACGUGGCUGUACAAGGUUUUGGUAUGUCUCGAUGUGGUACUCACGGACACGCACGUGGUUUAGGCAAACGUGGAUCCAAGUUUGCUUACAUAUGGGUUGGUAACUCAGAGACACAGUGUCCAGGUCAAUGCGCGUGGCCUUUCCACGCACCACUGUAUGGACCACAGAGUCCACCACUUGUUGCACCAAACAAUGACGUGGGACUUGAUGGUAUGGUUAUUAACUUAGCUAGUCUCUUAGCUGGAACAGCAACGAACCCUUUUGGUAAUGGUUAUUACCAAGGUCCACAAAACGCACCGCUUGAAGCUGCUUCGGCUUGUCCUGGUGUUUAUGGUAAAGGUGCUUAUCCUGGUUACGCUGGUGAUUUGCUUGUGGAUACAACAACGGGAGGUAGUUUUAAUGCGUAUGGUGCAAACGGCAGGAAGUUUUUGCUUCCUGCUUUGUAUGAUCCUAGUUCGUCGAAAUGCUCCACUAUGGUCUGAUGAGAAUUAAAAAAAAAAAAAAGGAUCCAAUGUU